AUUGUCAGCUUCUCUUUCUUUCUCUCAUUCUCUGUCUCUGUGUUCUUUGUAUCUCUUUUAAAAAAUAAACAAAAACAAAAAAAACAACGGUAGAAGGAAAGUAAUUUCUUUGGUGUGGUACUCCCACCUGUCGCUACUGUGGUUCUUGUAAUGACAACUAAUGAAUAAUGAUGAUAAGAGAUGGAUUGAUCGAUGAUGAUGUGGUAAAAAUGUAAACGUAAAAAUGACCGCUGUACCCAGUUGACAUGUGUCUGGCUGAGAGAGAAGUCCCAAAGCUGGUUGUUUCCAUGACUGGCCAGAAUAGGAACAUUUGCCCUCUGGGGGCACCCCGAGACUUUGGCCCACAAACGACAAUCAACGCAACCUUUGAUCAUGAGUUUUCACAAGCACAAAAGCCCAUUAGAUGCUUGCCAUUGCCUUUGUUUAGCUUUUUUUAAACCAUCACUCACAUCCACCGACAUCCAUGGUUUUCAAACAAUAAUUUGUUGUGCAAAUAAUCUCUGAAAUGUUUAUUUCCAGAUUAGGAUGGAAAUUAUGAUAAUGAAGUUUUGGUCACAGUCUUCUUACAGCUCUUAAGAUUAAGCAAUCUUGCUAUCUCCAUGCAAUCACAUGCAGAGGAUCUUAACCACUCCAUAAAUAGCAAAGCAUUUCAGAAAUUGUUGCACUUUUUUUUUAUCAUGCUUUAUCAAAUACCAUCAGUGUGUGUGUGUAGGUAGACUGUUGUAUUUACUUAGCAACAUAGACUAGUGUGUCAUGAUGGGUUGGCUCCUAUGGACAUGAUGGUUUGGAAGUCAGAUCUUUUUUGUGUACUGGUACUCUGCCAGUAGUAUCACAUGCAAAUGCAGUAGAUGUUCUGUUAGUUGUCUUGUGCCAAGAGGCUGUAGCCGAGUAAACCUACUGUGCCUUUUUUGGGAACUGGACAAAUUGUUCUAAAGGUCCUUGCCCAUAAUGUUCAUGUACCCAUGGAUUAAUAAAGGACUUAGAACAUUAUAGAUGAAAGGCCUGUUCAAUUUUAAUGCCUCAGAAUAACAGGAUCCUUUACAGUGUCAUCAAAAAAAACAGUCCCUCAUGUCUUUCAGCCAACUCCUAACUCUGCCUCUUAGUGUUUUGUUAACCCAUCCUGCUAUUAAUGCUGCUGCUGCUUCUGCUGCUUCUGCUUGUAUCCCAUCGCUUACAGCUGCAUGUCAUAAUCCAUUUUGUUUUCCUUCUGUGGUAGAUGAGCAUGACUUUCAGCCAAUCCACAGAUGCAUGCGCACUCUCAGGGCCCAACUGAGAACCCCCGCCCCGCCUCCCAGUUUUCAGCCGGCCAAUUCGAGGGGCCGUGGAGGUGGGGGGUGCAGGUAGACACCGCCCCUCCUCCACACCCCAUCCCCUCCAGCUGCCAAGGUUGAAACCCCACGUGCAAGACUGGCGCCCCCCGAUGGACCAGACCAGUAGCGAGCUGAGCCCGGAGGAGCUGGAGCCGGUGGGAGGCCGCGGUGGCGGCGGCGGUGCCCUAGAGCCGGAGGCGGCCGGUCGGAGGGCGUCCGAGCCGGAGCACGGCUUGUCCAAAAUCACGCACAACGCCCUGGAGAACAUGGGCGCGCUGGGCCACGGCCUCAAGCAGCUCUUCCAGCCACAGCGCCGCCGCUCGUCCGUCUCGCCGCACGACUCCUCCGCCGUCGCCUCGGCCACGUCGCCCGCCGCCGAGUUGUCGUUGGAGGCGGAGGCGGGCGACGGGGUGCUCGGGCCCGGGGGCCCGGCCGCCGCUCCGCUGUCCUCCGACACUGACGCCCCCCCUCCCGCCCCUCCCGCAGCUCUGAGCCGCGUGCUGCAGCAGAUCCGAGGC